ACAGAUCUGCCCACACACUCCACUCUCAGCUCCUGAUGCUAACGGCACACCGGCAGCCUCCUCUGUACCGCGCAUACAGGAGCUAGGACCCACGUCGCGGUGAAGAUGGAGGAGGAGAGCCUGCUCAAGGAGAGACUACAGGCCAUCACGGACAAGAGGAGGAUACGGGAAGACAUCAGCCACAAGAGGAGAGACAUCGAGGAGGAGAAGCUCAAACUGCAGUACAUCAAGAAGAAGUCUCUGAGGGAGCAGUGGCUGAUGGACGGGCUCCAGUCUGAGGAGGAGAGAGAGGCCAUGAAGAUCCAAGCCCAGGACGAGCUGGAGAGGACCACCCAGCUACAGAGCAACAUCCUCAAGAUGGAGAAGGAGAUGGAGGAGCUGGAGGAGCAGGAGCUGGACCUGUCGGCCAAAGAGGAGAACAUUCUGAAGAGGCUCAAGGAGGUGGAGCGCACCACAGAAGACAUCAUCAAGACGGCUGCCUUGGUGGACACAGCGACAGAUGGAGGAGAACUGAACCAAGGUUGCAGCAUAAGUCAAAAUCACAACUCAAUUUCUGUUGCCAUGGAGACCGGUGAACAAUCAAAUGCCGCACUGGAGGCGGAGGAAAUGCUGUCUGAUCCGUUUGAACAAGACGGAGCGUCCAGCGCACUUGAUGAGCAGGUUUAUUUGAAGAGUGACUCACCAGAUUCCCCAGGGCACAAGCCGUCUCAGGACCUUUUACCACCCGGACCACCAGCAGAAAUACAUGCGCCUGACACUCCAGGAGAAGCUAGCAUGCAGGAUCAGAAAGUUCCAAUAGCAGAAGAGGGGCAUGAUGGAUUGAAUCGAAAUGAAUCCACAAAUUCUUCGGACACUCUGUCUAGUGCGGAUAGUGUGUAUGAGAAUGAUGCUCAUAAGAAGAAGGAACCACCACAACAAGUGCCAGAGGAAGUUCUGGAGGUGGAACUAGAAGAACCUCCUCCAGAGGAACCCGUAGAGGAACAUCAAGAGCUUUCCGCAUUACAUCUAGAUCCCAUGGAGGACCAAUUUCCGGAGCCAGAUAUGGAACUGAUUCUAGAUCAGAGUUUGGAACCGUUAGAAGAUGACUUUCCAGAUCCAGAUAUUCUCCCAGAACAGUUUUCUGAACAAGAGCUAAAGCAAUACCAAGCAGCCACCCUUUACACAGAAACAAUCCUGGACUCAGAUCCUGAAGCAUACCCAGAAGACAUGUACCCUGGUCCCGAGGCGCAGGAACUGGAUGCCGAUGACAUUCCGGACUACAUGAGGGAAGACCAGGAUGAGUGUGAGGUCCUCUUCCCUCCAAGCAGAGAUGAGACUGAGUUGGAACAGCGAAUCCGCGAGGAAGUAGCGUCAGAUGUCUCCAACGGGUCCUGUCACGAACUAGACCCAGAAGACAUUGAGGACUGUCUGGGGGUGGAGAUUGGAGCAGAGUCAUCAGAGAGCGAGGCGGAUGAAAAAUGGAGAACAAUUUUCUCAUCAUCCAUAAACAAAGAAGAUGAUGACUCCUACUUGGACAGUCUCCAGUUGAGCGCUCAAGAACUCUUUGUGAAAAAAGUGGAGGUGAAUGAUCUAGUUGAAGAAGAUCAAGGUAAUAUUGAAGUCCGUCUAGAUGUGCCACAGACGGAGGAGGUGCUAGAGCAACCUGAGGAGGUGGUGUCCAUUCCGGUGCCCUCACAAGAAGUCAAGUACAAUCUGUUGGGCAUUCAGAGCUUGUCCAAAAUCUCUGAAGACGAUGGUGAAAAUGGGAAAGAUGCCAAUCAAAAUGUAAAUAUCAUUCGAGAACAUGAGGAAAAUUUGAACAACAACAUGGAAACAACCAAGAAGGUGCCUAAGGACUUCUGCGUCAUCCAGGAGACCAAGAGCGAGAACGUGAGUACGGAGCACGUGGACUUCCAGUUGGCUCGCAAACAGUGGCGCAAAAUGGAGGAGCAAACCAAGAACAAGGUCUACAUCCCCAACACCAAGCAGGCUCCUCUGCACAGCAGCCACAGCUUCAUGUACACUCCAGUCCGCAACGUCGAACGAACAAACAAGAAAGGACACAAUCUGGAGAAUUUGAAUCUUUUCGGAGAGUACCCAAACACCCAGUUCAGUCCCUGCUCAGAAGAUUCAGGUCUGGGUGACUCUAGCUACAGAUCUCCAUAUGAAGAUGUUGAAACACCAGUGGAGAAGGAGAUCCGACUGUCCAUGGAGCGGGAGGAGAGCUUUAGAAGAGAGAGAGGACUGUCGCGGAUGGGUAAAUCCACAGACUGCGCCCCGUCUCGAAGUAUGCCAAGGUCCAUCAGCACCCCUCUGACGCCUUCGUUCAUCAUCACAUCCUCACCCACCAAAGAGCCGCUCCAACGCGAGGUCUCGGCACACAACGUCAUCAUAGUGGACCCUGCCAACGAGUCCACCCAGAGAUUGGGCAAAGACCUAGGGGCCUGUUCUGCGGAGUGGCGUUCAGAGGAUACCAGCUCAAAUCUCAUCAUUCUGGAAACGUCCAACCUGAUCAUCCGCAGCGCCUCAGAGUAUUCCCUCAACAAGGCGUGUGAGCAGCCGGAGGAGAAGAUGUUCCUGAACAACCCAUUCUUCAAGCUGCGCUCCAGAAGCACCAUCUCGCUAGUGGAUGAGGAAAUCAAGCAGGCCAAGCAGAGGGAGGAGGAGCUAAGGAAGGAGAGGGAGGACAGGGCGGGUCUCUAUACUAAGGACCGCUUCUUAUCAAACCACAAGGAUACACUGUCUUUUGACAUAUCAGAGCCCGUCAAGUGCAAGUCAUCCCCAUCGUCGCCCAUGAAAACAGCUUACAAGAUGGACCGCUCUGUCCUGUCCUGUGACCACAGAUUCCCAGAGGCGUACAGCGGGGUACGCCGUAAGAGUGCCAUGGCCCUGCGCUGGGAGGCCGGAGAGUUCAACAAGGACUAGCACACUCUCGCCCCCUACAGGACAUCAUGUAACACUACACCGUCUCCAUGGAGUUUCUCUCUGUUGUGUCGCUACAGUUUCUUAUUGUGAGUGACUCUGCCUUUGUGAUGCUUUCUCAGUCUGUGGCCACCAGUCCUGCUCAGACCAUGUACAUCAUGUACAAGUACACACCACACAAGGUACUUCGUUUUAUGUACAAGUACACACCACACAAGGUACA